CUUUAGCAGUGACAACAGCUGGCAUUUAUUUAGCAAUAUGAACGUUGUCAGUCAAAUAACAUCUUAUCAACGAAAAAUUGAAAAAUCCACAGACGACGAGUCACGAAUAUUACAUUGUAUUGAAAAAUUAUACAAAUUACCAGUAACAGUACAACAUUUGCAAGAAACAGGUGUUGGUAAAACUGUCAAUGCAUUGAGGAAAUAUGAUGGAACAGUUGGUGAUGCUGCAAAAGCUCUUGUAGCUAAAUGGAAAUCAAUGGUUGCUGAUGAAGAGAGUAGUGAUGACGAUGAUGAUAAUACAACACAAGAUCAACAAGAAAGAUACAGUGAUAAAGAUUCAGACUCUGGUGUUGAUAAAAAUCCUAAUUCUAAAAAAUCAUCAAGAAGUCAUCAUGCUAGUGAACCACGUGAAAAAGAAAAUAGAAAUUCAAGUAGACAUGAAUCAAGUAGACACACAAAUAGACAAUCAUCAUCAGACCAUUCAAAAUCUCGUGAUAGUAAAAAAGAAAAUAAUAGUGAACAUUCAAGAUCAUCAAAAUCAUCGGAAUUAAAAAGUUCACGUAAAGACAGAGAACAUAAAGAAUCAUCACGUGAUAAAAAAACAUCAUCAUCAUCAUCAACAACAAUAUCAACAUCAAGAGAUGAUAAACAUAGAGAAAAAUCAUCAAAAAGAAAUUAUGAUAGUAAAGACAUUGUCAAUGGUAAUGAUGAUAAAGAAAGAAAAUAUAGAAAUGAAACGACAAAAUCAUUUAGUGAAAAAAGAAAACAACCAUGUAUAACAUCAGAUAAUUCUGAUGAUGAUGGUGGUGGUGGUGGUGGUGGUGGUCUAGGUGGUGAUGGAGAUGAUGGGAAUGAUGAUGAUGAUGAUAAUAACUCAAACUGUGAUUUACAAAAAAAAAAAAUAAAAACAGAAUUAUAUGAUUCACAAAUAAGUAAAUAUCGUACUAAUAAUGAAACAACAUCCAAAGAUUCAUUUAAAAAAGAUAAAUCACAUAAAGAAAAAGAUAAACACAGACAUACCAGUGAUAAACAUAAAUCAUCAUCAUCAUCAACAUCCUCAUCAUCAUCAACAACAAAAACAGAUAAAAUUAAUAAUAAAAAAUAUGAUAAUAAAGAACCAUCAACAUCAUCAACAAAAUUACAUCACAAAGAUGAAAAAUCAAAAGAUAAAAAAUCACAUAAUAAAGAUAAAUAUAAAAAUAAUAAAGAUGAUGAUAAAAAAGAUAAGAAAAAAAGUAAAAAAAAAUAUAAUGGUGAUGGUGGUAUUGAUUGUAAUUCUGGUGCUAGUUUUGCUGAAGCAUUAGGAAUGUGUACAAAGACAUCUAAGAAAAAAAUUAUGUCACCAACAAUAAAUACAACAUUAAAUAUUAAAACAAUUAAAUCAGAACCAGGUACAUCAACAUCAUCAACAACAACACAAUUAGAACAAACAACAUGUUCAUCACCAUUAUCAUCAACACAUGGUAAAAUAAAAGUUAAGACUGAUUUAUUAUCAAAAGAUGAACCAUUAUUAUUACUAUCACCAAAUGUUAAAUUACCACCACUUGUAUCAAGUGUUGAUUUAGCAGCAACAUUACCAGAAACAAAUCCAAAUUAUAAACCAUUACCAACAAAUUACAUGAAUAUUAUGAACAAAGAAGAAGAAAGUAAAGCACUUGGUAAAGUAAUAUAUGCUAAAAAUACUAGAACAAAAGUAUAUUCUGGUAAUAAAACUGGUUAUACAAGUGUACCAAGUUUAUAUGAUAUUUGUAUACGUGUGUUGAUUGAAAAUAUUGAUGCACUUGAAGUUACUGGUGGUGUACCAUAUGAUAUAUUAAAACCAGUAUUAGAACGUGCAACUGUUGAUCAAUUAUACAUGCUUGAACAACAUAAUCCAUAUUUAAUUGAGGACACAGAUAUAUUAUGGAAAUUUCAUUGUAAUAAAGAAUUUAGAAAUAAAGAACGUAAAGAAGAAGAAUUAGAAAGUUGGAGAAAUAUGUAUAUGAGAUGUUUGGAUGAAAGAGAUGAAAAAUUAAAACGUUUAACUGAAAAUAUUAAUAAAUCAAAGGAAAAAUCAUUACCAGUUAGAUCAACAAAACUUGCAUAUGUUGAUAAUAUUGUUAAACCACCAAGAAAUGUGUUGAGAAAACAAGCAAGAUAUGGAACAAGUUCAUCUGAUUCAGCAUCAGAUAUUAAAAAAAAAUUACUACUUGGUGGUGCUAAUUCAGGUACGAAUAUUGCUGUUUCAGCACCAUCAUUGUCACGUAUUAAAACAUCAUCUUCUUCUAUUGUUAAAAAAAAUAAAGCUCCUUUGAUGAUGAAAGCACUGCAACUCAUCAAGAGCAGGUACAAACGAUGAGCUGUUUAUUUUCUGGAGAAAACUUUCAUGAACAAUAUACUAUUACCCUGAAUUUUUUAAAAAUUAAUUUCAAUUAUUUCUUCUACUUCUAAUGGAGUAGAAGGAUUUUUUCAUUUUAUUAAUUUUGUAAAUAAUGCAUGAGCUUAAAAAUUUUUUGCAAACACUAGUAAUUUUUUUUAAAAAACAAUUUAUAUUAUUUAAAAAAAAAAAAAAACGAUUGAGAUAAAAUUUUAAAAAAUAAUUAAUUGAGUGAGAGUGAUUAGAAAAAAAAAUUAAUUUUAAAAAAAAACUAUUAAAUGUAAUCGAUAUGUAUUUGAAUUAAAUAUAUGUAUAAAUUUAAAAUGAAUUUUAAAAUAUUUUUUUAGAGAAAUGAAGAAAUUUUAGCUGGAAUUUUUCAAAAUUACGUGUAACUUUUUUUUGGACAUUUAUUAUCAAAAUAAUAAUUAUCGUUUGUUGGUUUUUUUUUUUUUUUUUUUUUUUAUGCAAAAAAAUGAUACAAAAACAAUUAUUUAUUAUUAACAGUUAUUACUAAUUUAUUAUGAGGUAGUGUAUUUUCUAAUUUUUAUUAUUUCAAUGACAAUUUGGCUAAAAUGACAAAAAAAAAAAAAUAAUAAUAAUAUCUGAAAAAAAUACUGAUUUGAGUUUUAUUUUCUUUUUUUUUUCUUUUUAAAUUAAACAAUUAUUUUUCAACACUUUUUUCUAUUGUAUUCUUAUUUAUCAUCGUUAACAUUUUUUAAAUUUUAUUGAGUUU